GGUUGUCUGAUCUUUAAAGUGCUUUACGAAUACGAAAACGAAAUAUGCCCAAUUGAGCAUCUAAGCUAAAAAAAUAUAUAAGUAAUACAAGUAAAAAAAAAAGUAUCUCUUCGGUUCAUUGUAUCUGUGUGUGUGUGUGUGCUAAGCUUUUUACGCUCGCGCUCAUAAGUGUUAUAACGCUCAAAGUAUUCACCUUGCCGCCUGUUCGACUAUCUCACACUCGCUCGCUCUCUCUGUCCCUCUCUUUCUCUCUGUGUGUGCGUGUCACUGUGUGUUUUUGUUAUUUUCAACUUGAACUAUGAUACGCGCAUAGAGUAUAUAAAACGCGAAUAUUUAAAAAUAAUUAUUUCGACAUUCCGCUCUGAAAGUUAGGCGACACUAAUUACAAUUAAUACAAUAGACACACACACACAUAUACUAAUUAACAAUUGUGAUUAAUAAAAGCAACGAAAAUUCAACGAAAGUUUCAGUCAAGCGCACAUAAAUUAUUCACCGUGCAUAGGCAGUGAUUACCUCAUAUCUGUGUGAAAAGUGAGAGACAACAAAAUGGUAUCAAAAAGCAAUAAAAAGAAACAAGUGUCGCUGUCGCAGUCUGCGACAGCAGCAACUGAGACUGCGUCGGCGGCGUCGGCGUCCCACCCGCCCGCAACCUCGAGCACCACAACAUCAGCAACGGCCUCGUCGAGCAAGCAAACGAAAAAGUUGGGUCCGCAUGCAACGGCAACGCUUGAGACGAACAGCAGCUCGACCUCCAUGGAGCACGAGUCGAUUUCCUAUGCGCCUGCGUCAAGCACUACUUUGACUACAGGUGGUAAAGGCUUUAGCUCCAGCAGCAGCUCCUCCUACACAGCAAAAUCUCAAUCUCAGUCGCAGUCACAGCAGUCGCAGUUGUAUACCAGCUCAAGCCGUGCCAAGAUCUCCAAAGAUUAUGCCAAUGAGCAAAUAAUUUCGUCCAUUGAUUUGCUUGAAAGUGAAAAAAAGGAACCGGUCUUUUCGGUACCCAUUGAGGUGGUCGAAAUGAUCCAAGCUCCAAGCGGCAGCGGCAGCAGCGGCAUUUUAAUGUCGGCCAGUGGUGGCAGUGUUUCCAAAAUGUACACGUCCUCAUCAAAAUCGACAAGCAGCCAGCAGCAGGCAAGCAGCUCCAGUUACUUUGAGUCGACAACCAGUUCCAACCAGCACAGCGCCAACGAAACGCUCAUUGCAAGCGAGAGAGCGGCAACGGCUACCGGUAUGACAUCAUCGUCGCUGACAAGCAGCAGCAAUAUGUAUGUGGAUGUAACCGAACAGGUUGCCAACACCAGCAACAAUACCAACAGCAAAACCAACACAAGCAGCAGCAACAUCAACAGCAGCAACAUUAACAUCAACAAGACAAACGCAAACACACAAAGCACAAGCACAAACAUCAUCAGCAAUGGCAGCGAAUCUCAGAGCGUGCCAAACCUAAAGCUGCCAACAGCUGCUGAUACGUCAUCGACAACAACAACAACAGUGACGUCGCAACGCAUUGUUGAACGCGAACCGGUCGGCACAACGUCAUUAACUUCCACGCGCCGUGACGAUAAACUCGUGAGCACAGCUGUUAGCGUUGAUGUUGAUAAACAAACGUCUUUGAGUGCCACAAAGUCCAUCAACACCAACACCAACAUCAACACCAGCAGUAGCAGCAAUAAGCAGGUCAGCGAAAGCAGCGUCAAUCGCAGCAGCAGCAGCAGCAGCAGCAGCACCAAACAGUCAACGGCCAAUUCCAAAAAAGAGGUCUAUGAUGUAAAAACCAAGACCUGGACGGAAUACAGCGAUGGCACCACGCACAAUACCAGCAAGAAGGGGCCCACAUUUGAGCGUUAUGUCAGCAAGGAUACGGAUGGAACCACCAAAAUCACAUAUAAGAAGAAGAUUUAUGACCGUCGCAACAACAUGUGGCGUGUGGUGGACGAACGUAUUGUGGACAGCAGCAGUGAUGUGGGCUAUCCCGAAAUAGUUGAUGAUGUCAUCAAUACCACAACUACGACAUACACAACCAAAGUCUACGACACAAAGCUUGGCAAGUGGACAGUUGUCGACGAAAAGUCGUACACAGAUACGAAAGCUUUUGUGCCCAAUGACAUUGCUCGUGAAAUUGAGAAAGAUAAUACCGAUGUAGCCAACAUAACGACCACCACAGAAGUUACAAAGAUAUUUGAUGCAAGCAUUAACGAUUGGCGUGUGCUAGACGAGAAAGUGCAUACGGAUGUCAUUGAGAAAAUUGUUGAGCAACCCAAAAAGACAGUCUAUAUAGAUGAGUUUGUGGAAAUUGAAAGGAACACCUCAAUUAAUGAAAACAAUGAAAAUAUCACAUUGAAUCUAAACGAAACAUCGAAACACAAAAAUAUUACCGAAAAUAUUUAUGAUGAAAUCGAUUAUGUGCGCACUGAUAAGCAACGCCUAGACGAUUCAAGAACCCGUGGAGUCGACAAAAACAAGAAAACAACACAUAGCGAGAGGUGUAUUUGUGAAAUAUGCACUUGCGGUCGUCAUCAUUGUACAACCAGCACCACAAAAACCACUGAGAAUACUGUUGUUGAAUUUGAUGAUAACGUCGAUGAAACAUACACAAGGAUUCGUACCAACACGUGGUCUAAAAAAGACAUUCCUAAGAAAACUGAAGACAUAUUUGUAGAUUACGUAGUUAUUAAGAAGCCUGAAGACAACCUUAAGCUAGAGGGAGAUUUUGUAGUACCACAAAAAGAACCGUAUAAGCCAAGCGAAAGGCGCGAAAAAAUUGUACACACUGACAACCUGCGUACUGAAGGCGAGAUGACUUUUAUUGAAAAAGAGGAAUACCAAUAUAUUGAACGCCCGGGAUAUGUCAAGCCCACAGACAAUCUGAAGCCAGAAGGAGAGUUUUAUACUCCAGAGAAACCAAAGUAUAAGCCUGGCGAACGUCCAACACAAAAGAUUCCAGAGGAUAAUCUGCGGCCAGAAGGCGAAUUUUAUACUCCAGACAAACCAGGUUAUAAGCCUGCAGAGCGCCCUGUGCAAAAAAAACCAGUCGACAAUUUAAAACCAGAAGGCGAAUUUGUUGUUCCAGAAAAAGAAGGCUUUAGACCAGCAGAGAAACCCGAAAGGAUCAUCAGAAAGGAUAACUUGACUACUGAAGGCGAAAUGACAUUUACAGAAAGGGAGGAGUAUCAAUAUGUUGUACGCCCUGAACAAGUUAAGCCAACAGAUAAUUUGAAACCUGAGGGUGAUUUCUAUACACCAGAAAAGACUGGAUACAGACCCGCUGAACGUCCAGAGCAAGUGAGGCCUACUGAUAAUCUGAAGCCUGAAGGAGAAUUCUACAGUCCAGAAAAGCCGAAAUACAGGCCGGGCGAGCGUCCAAGUCAAGUACGACCAGAAGAUAAUCUAAGGCCAGAAGGUGAAUUCUACACUCCAGACAAACCCGGCUAUAGGCCAUCAGAACGGCCAGAACAAGUGAGGCCUACUGAUAAUCUGAAGCCUGAAGGAGAAUUCUACAGUCCAGAUAAACCGAAAUAUAGGCCAGGCGAGCGUCCAAGUCAAGUACGACCAGAAGAUAAUUUACGACCUGAAGGUGAAUUCUACACUCCCGAGAAACCUGGCUACAGGCCCGGCGAACGCCCAGAACAAGUGAGGCCCACUGAUAAUCUUAAGCCCGAAGGGGAAUUCUACAGUCCAGAUAAACCGAAAUAUAGGCCAGGCGAGCGUCCGAGUCAAGUACGACCAGAAGAUAAUUUACGACCUGAAGGUGAAUUCUACACUCCAGAGAAACCUGGCUAUAGACCAUCGGAACGCCCAGAACAAGUAAGGCCAACUGAUAACCUGAAACCCGAAGGAGAAUUCUACAGUCCAGAGAAGCCGAAAUAUAGGCCAGGCGAGCGCCCAAGUCAAGUACGACCAGAAGAUAAUCUAAGGCCCGAGGGUGAAUUCUAUACUCCAGAGAAACCUGGCUAUAGGCCAUCAGAACGGCCUGAACAAGUUAGACCUACUGAUAAUCUGAAACCCGAAGGGGAAUUCUACAGUCCAGAUAAGCCGAAAUAUAGGCCAGGCGAACGUCCAAGUCAAGUACGACCGGAAGAUAAUUUAAGACCUGAAGGUGAAUUCUACACUCCCGAGAAGCCCGGCUAUAGACCCGCUGAGCGUCCCGAACAAGUUAGGCCCACUGAUAAUCUAAAACCAGAAGGUGAAUUCUACAGUCCAGAUAAGCCGAAAUAUAGGCCAGGCGAGCGUCCAAGCCAGGUACGACCAGAAGAUAAUCUAAGACCAGAAGGAGAAUUUUACACUCCAGAGAAGCCCGGUUAUAGGCCCGCCGAACGCCCAUUGCAGAAGAAACCAGUGGAUAACCUGAAACCCGAAGGUGAAUUUGUCAAGCCGGAAAAACAAGUCUACCGCCCUGCAGAGAAAAACGAAAGGAUAAUCAGAAAGGAUAAUUUGACAACUGAAGGCGAAAUGACAUUUACCGAAAGAGUGGAAUAUCAAUAUGUUGUACGCCCCGACCAAGUCAAGCCAACAGAUAACCUAAAGCCUGAGGGUGACUUCUACACACCAGAUAAGCCCGGAUACAGGCCCGCUGAUCGUCCAGAGCAAGUUAGGCCAACUGACAAUCUAAAGCCCGAAGGAGAAUUUUACAGUCCUGAAAAGCCAAAGUACAGGCCAGGAGAGCGUCCAAGUCAGGUUCGGCCGGAAGAUAAUCUUAGACCAGAAGGUGAAUUCUACAGUCCAGAAAAACCUGGAUAUAAGCCCGCCGAACGCCCAGCGCAAAAGAGACCAGUGGAUAACCUGAAACCAGAAGGUGAAUUUGUCAAGCCGGAAAAACAAGUUUACCGGCCUGCAGAGAAAAACGAAAGGAUAAUCAGAAAGGAUAAUUUGACAACUGAAGGUGAAAUGACAUUUACUGAGCAGGUGGAAUAUCAAUAUGUUGUACGUCCUGAGCAAGUCAAGCCCACAGAUAAUCUGAAACCAGAGGGUGAUUUCUAUACACCAGAUAAACCGAAGUAUAAGCCAGCUGAACGUCCAGAGCAAAUAAGGCCAACUGAUAAUCUGAAACCCGAAGGAGAAUUCUACAGUCCAGAUAAGCCGAAAUAUAGGCCAGGCGAGCGUCCAAGUCAAGUACGACCGGAAGAUAAUUUAAGACCUGAAGGUGAAUUCUACACUCCCGAGAAGCCCGGCUAUAGGCCCGCUGAGCGUCCAGAUCAAGUAAGGCCCACUGAUAAUCUAAAACCAGAAGGAGAAUUCUACAGUCCAGAUAAGCCGAAAUAUAGGCCAGGCGAGCGUCCAAGCCAGGUACGACCAGAAGAUAAUCUAAGACCAGAAGGAGAAUUUUACACUCCAGAGAAGCCCGGUUAUAGGCCCGCCGAACGCCCAUUGCAGAAGAAACCAGUGGAUAACCUGAAACCAGAAGGUGAAUUUGUCAAGCCGGAAAAACAAGUCUACCGGCCUGCAGAGAAAAACGAAAGGAUAAUCAGAAAGGAUAAUUUGACAACUGAAGGUGAAAUGACAUUUACUGAACAGGUGGAAUAUCAAUAUGUUGUACGUCCUGAGCAAGUCAAGCCCACAGAUAAUCUGAAACCCGAGGGUGAUUUCUAUACACCAGAUAAACCGAAGUAUAAACCAGCUGAACGUCCAGAGCAAAUAAAGCCAACGGAUAAUCUGAAGCCCGAAGGAGAAUUUUACAGUCCUGACAAGCCGAAAUAUAGGCCAGGCGAGCGUCCAAGUCAAGUACGACCAGAAGAUAAUUUAAGACCUGAAGGUGAAUUCUACGCUCCCGAGAAGCCUGGCUAUAGACCCGCUGAGCGUCCAGAACAAGUAAGGCCCACUGAUAAUCUUAAACCAGAAGGAGAAUUCUACAGUCCAGAUAAGCCGAAAUAUAGGCCAGGCGAGCGUCCAAGCCAGGUACGACCAGAAGAUAAUCUAAGACCAGAAGGAGAAUUUUACACUCCAGAGAAGCCCGGUUAUAGGCCCGCCGAACGCCCAUUGCAGAAGAAACCAGUGGAUAACCUGAAACCAGAAGGUGAAUUUGUCAAGCCGGAAAAACAAGUCUACCGGCCUGCAGAGAAAAACGAAAGGAUAAUCAGAAAGGAUAAUUUGACAACUGAAGGUGAAAUGACAUUUACUGAACAGGUGGAAUAUCAAUAUGUUGUACGUCCUGAGCAAGUCAAGCCCACCGAUAAUUUGAAACCUGAGGGUGAUUUUUAUGCCCCAGAUAAACCGAAGUAUAAGCCAGCUGAACGUCCAGAGCAAAUAAAGCCAACUGAACUGAAGCCCGAAGGAGAAUUUUACAGUCCAGAUAAGCCGAAAUAUAGGCCAGGCGAGCGUCCAAGUCAAGUACGACCAGAAGAUAAUCUAAGACCUGAAGGUGAAUUCUACACUCCAGAGAAGCCCGGCUAUAAGCCUGCCGAACGCCCAGUGCAAAAGAAACCAGUAGACAACUUGAAACCAGAAGGUGAAUUUGUCAAGCCGGAAAAACAAGUCUACCGGCCUGCAGAGAAAAACGAAAGGAUAAUCAGAAAGGAUAAUUUGACAACUGAAGGUGAAAUGACAUUUACUGAGCAGGUGGAAUAUCAAUAUGUUGUACGUCCUGAGCAAGUCAAGCCCACCGAUAAUUUGAAACCUGAGGGUGAUUUUUAUGCCCCAGAUAAACCGAAGUAUAAGCCAGCUGAACGUCCAGAGCAAAUAAAGCCUACGGAUAAUCUGAAGCCUGAAGGUGAAUUUUACAGUCCUGAUAAGCCGAAAUACAGUCCUGGAGAGCGUCCAGCUCAGGUGCGUCCGGAAGAUAAUCUAAGACCAGAAGGAGAAUUUUACACUCCAGAGAAGCCUGGCUAUAAGCCUGCCGAACGCCCAGUGCAAAAGAAACCAGUAGACAAUUUAAAACCAGAAGGCGAAUUUGUUCAGCCGGAAAAACAAGUCUACAGGCCAGCAGACAAAACUGAAAGGAUCAUCAGAAAGGAUAAUCUGACUACUGAAGGCGAAAUGACAUUUACAGAAAGAAAGGAAUAUCAAUAUGUUGUACGCCCUGAGCAAGUUAAGCCCACAGAUAAUUUGAAACCUGAGGGUGAUUUUUAUGCCCCAGAUAAACCGAAGUAUAAACCAGCUGAACGUCCAGAGCAAAUAAAGCCUACGGAUAAUCUGAAGCCUGAAGGUGAAUUUUACAGUCCUGAUAAGCCGAAAUACAGUCCUGGAGAGCGUCCAGCUCAGGUGCGUCCGGAAGAUAAUCUUAGACCGGAAGGUGACUUCUACGCUCCAGAUAAACCAGGCUACAUGCCAGCCGAACGUCCAAAACAAGUGAAGCAUACUGACAAUCUGAAGCCUGAAGGUGAAUUUUACAGUCCUGAAAAGCCAAAGUACAGGCCAGGGGAGCGUCCAAGUCAGGUGCGACCGGAGGACAAUCUUAGACAAGAGGGUGAAUUUUAUACUCCUGAGAAGCCGAAAUACAAACCAGCAGAACGACCCACGCAAAAGAAGCCAGAGGACAAUCUCAAACAAGAAGGCGACUUUUAUGCUCCAGAGAAACCAGGCUACAAGCCCGCAGAACGCCCUGUACAGAAGAAACCAGUGGACAAUCUGAAGCCUGAAGGUGAAUUUGUUACUCCACAAAAGCAAGUAUACCGCCCAGCAGAGAAAAACGAAAGGAUAAUUAGAAAGGAUAAUUUGACGACUGAAGGCGAAAUGACAUUUAUAGAGAAAAAAGAAUAUCAGUAUGUUGUUCGGCCUGAGCAAGUAAAACCUACUGAUAAUUUGAAAACAAGUGGUGAAUUUUACAGACCAGAAAAGCCAAAAUACCAUACAGCUGAACGUGUGACUGUUGUCAAGCAUAAAGACAACUUGAAAAUGGAUGGGGACUUCUAUACUCCAGAAAAGCCUGGAUAUAAGCCUGCGGAAAGGCCUAAGCAAAAGAAACCCCAAGACAAUUUAAAACAAGAAGGCAAAAUGCAUAUACCAGAAAAAGAAUCGUUCAAGCCUUCCGACAAGGUCACAACUGUUAUACGAAAAGACAACUUAAAGACAGAAGGUGAAAUGACGUUUACCAGGAAAGAAGAAUAUCAUCAUGUUAAGAGACCUGAUCAAGUUAGACCAAGCGAUAACUUAAAGGUUGAGGGACCAUUCUAUACUCCGGAAAAAUCAACCUUUAAGCCCGCGGAUAGACCAGUUCAGAAGAAGCCCAAGGAUAACUUAAAGCCUGAAGGUGAAUUUUAUCGAAAAACUGAUAGGACUGAAACCGAUAGCACCAUGACCGUCCAGAGGGAAACACCAAAGCGUCCAGUAGAUAAUCUGAAGUUAGAAGGCACUAUGACAGUUACAAGAAAAGAUGACUACAACAAAACAACAACUCGUAAGACCAACAUUGAGAAUGUUCAGCGUACCCAGAAAUACAAGCACAACAGUUCAUCUAUUACUUUGGGCAAUGAUACAUCAAUUCUAAAAACAACCAACCAAAUGAACUUUGUAUCUGGCAAGGAUGCGAUUAAGCAGGUCGACUCUAACAGUAAGAAUCCAGUCGAUGGUCUAAUUAUUGUUUCGACAAAGAAGGUUACAACAGUUGUCGGUGGGCGAGUUAAGAAGGAACCCGAAACAGAAUAUGUAAAGCGACCAGCUAAAAUAAAUGUUAUUGAGAAUGUAGCCAGAAAUACAACUACAACGAAUAUUGAAAAUACUCAAAACAUUCACAAGGAAUCAACUUCACUGCAAAGGAAUGUUAAUGUCUUGGAAAAGUCUUCAGUAAAUACAGAGAAAAUUACUGGCUCGACGGAUAUUAGCACAGCUAGAAUUACUGGCUCUACUAGUAACAAUACUACAAAUGUUACUGACUCAACCGCGGACAAUAGAGCGCUUCAAACUUCCUCAACAACAAGGACAACACAGCGCGGAAAUACUGCAACCAACAACAUAACAGGAGGAUCAACAACUAUUCAUGGUACUACAUCUACAAACAACAUAACAGGUGGAUCAACAACAAUCCAUGGCACUACAUCAACCAACAACAUAACAGGAGGAUCAACAACAAUCCAACAAACAAGUAACAUAAUAAGAGGAUCAACAACUCACCAUGGCACUACGUCAACCAGUAAUAUUACAAGAGGAUCAACAACUAUACAUGGUACUACAUCGACCAACAACAUAAUAGGAGGAGCAACAACACAGCAUGAUACUACAGCAACUAACACACAUUGUAGCACAACAUCACCCAACAACAUAACAGGAGGCCCAACAACACAGCAUGGUACUACAUCAACCAGCAACAUUACAAGAGGAUCAACAACUAUCCACGGUACUACAUCGACCAACAACAUAAUAGGAGGAACAACAACACACCGUAAUUCCUCAGCAACGAACACACAUCAUGGCACUACAUCAGCCAAUAACAUAACAGGAGGUUCUACUACUCAUGUGACCAGAGAGAUUGUUACAGGUGGUACCACAGGUGGCUCGCAAGUUGUGGGCAAUAAUACAUCGUCCAGCAAUAUUGUCACUGGUUCAACAACGCAUUCGUCCUCGUCCAAGCACUUCCAUCAUAGAAAGAGUGAGUUCUCCUCGGAAGCUGAUGUCUCCAAUUCUAUAUUCCAUCGCAAGAACACUACAAGCGAUUCAAAUGGCAUGAACAGCAGCCUGACUUCCAACGGCAAAAUGCAACGUAAGAGCAUAUUAAACUUGCAUGAGCAACCCUAUAGCUCUACUGCAACCGAUCGUCAGAGCUAUAGCAGCUUACAUCGUCAAAAUAGGGAGUCAGAUUUAAGCAACAGCUACGCUACUGAACGUCGAAGCUGCAGCAUGCAUAAGGAAAACAAGGACCUUCUGAUGAAAUCGUCUUCAUCUAAUAUGUCGCGUAUUAUAGCUGGCGGCAAUGAUGCCAAUCGGUCCAAUGUGGAGAGAACAACUACAACGCGUACUAUUGUGUCGGGUGGUCUGGAAUUUCCAUCUCAAUCCCAUACUGAGCGUCAUGUGACGCGUCAUCGCGGCAACCAGCAUGCCUCGAGCUUUGAUUUUCCAUCCUCCUCAUACAAUGCACAUGGUCAUACCGAGCGUGUUGUCAACGUACGCCGCGGCAAUCAAUCCUCCAUUAAUCUAGGCAACGAAAAGUUUACUGGCUCCAGUAUGUAUAAGAGUGAAUAUAUAACUGCCCCAACAACAACGUGUGCUGUGCAUAAGAUUAAGCAAGGUGCAUUCCAACAUACCAGGAGUACGCAUGAUCAUAAGUUCUAUAAAACCUCCAACUAACAAGUCUUGUCUAAACUAACGCAUAUCAUAUUCAUAUAUAGUGCCUAAGCAAUCAUGACAAUAUUUUUUUACAAACCGUACUAAUUACCUAAAAGCAACUAAUGUUCUUGAAUUAUUAACAAUUAAAUGUAUACAACUUUAUAUAAAAAUAUAUAAAUUUUUAAAAUACUA